AUGACAGCGCAUUGGCGUAUUGGAUUUCACAAGAACUUUGAGUUCGGGAAGACUCUGGGCAGGGGGACUUUUGCGAAAGUGAAGGUUGCUAGGCACAAGACGACGGGGACAUGUUUCGCUGUGAAGAUCAUCGACAAGCAGUCGGCAUCUUUCAAGAGAGAAUCCUUGAAGUCUGAGAUCGUUCUCAUGCGCCAAGUGAUCCACCCGAACUGCCUGCGCUUGCACGGAGUCUAUGACGAGAAGUCCAAGUGCUUUUUGAUCCUUGACCUCGCUUCAGGAGGCACGGUCCUAGACCGUAUCAUUGAGAACGAUUGCUUCAAAGAGAAUGAUGCCAAGAAAGUCUCCAAAGACGUGUUGACAGCGAUCGAAUACCUUCACAGCCUGGGGAUCUCACACAGGGACCUGAAACCUGAGAACCUCCUCUACGCUUCCAACGAUCCGCAGUCUCCGGACUACACGACUGUCAAGGUCGCUGACUUUGGGCUGUCGAAGAUCUUCGUUGAGAAGCAGCCGAUGCGAACGGUCUGUGGGUCACCCAACUACGUGGCCCCAGAGGUGGUGGACCCCUACUGCAUCUCGAUAGGGUAUGGCCCGGAAGUUGACAUCUGGUCCAUGGGGAUCGUGAUCUAUGUCAUGCUGUGCGGCUUCCUGCCCUUCUACGCUGACUCGAACGCGGAGCUCUUCAGGCUCAUCUGUGCGGGCGAUUUCUCCUUCCCCUCCCCUUACUGGGAUGGGAUCUCGGAAUCGGCAAAGCAGCUCAUUAGGAAGAUGCUGGUGGUCAAUCCCAAGAGGCGGCUGAGCCCCUCGCAGUGCCUGGCACACUCCUGCGUUCUUGCUGAUCAGAAAGCUCCCCAUCUUCGACAACAUCGACCCCAAGCCCGGGGCAGCACGUGA